AUGCCUCGCCUGCACCUUGUAAACCUAGGCCUCUUCCUCACCAGCGUCUUGGCAAUGACGCUCCCGCAGCCCGCCACCCCAGCCAACACCAACCCGGAGGCCCCAACCAUAUCCCCCUUCACGGUCGAGUACGGCGGCGACAGAUACCAGGCCUGCGGCUACUUCCGCACGGGCCAGAUGCGCUGCCCGCAGGACCACGUCUGCAUCGACAACCCGCGUCCGUCCUCGUGCGGCCAGGCCUGCGACGACCAUGGCGUCUGCGUCAAGCGGGAGGCUGCGUGGUGCGGCAAGGGGAUGCCCGCAUGCGCCAACGGCGGGCGAUGCCGCCCUACCAUCUUUGAGUGCAUCCCACGUGUGGGCGGCAGUACGGCUGAGAGCUGUGCGGACCUCUGCUUCCCAGACUACUGGAACGGUGAGCCUGAUCGGGCGAGCUUGUGA